AUGUUAUUGAACGACCCUAAAGGAAUCAUACAGAAUGUUACAUUACAUGGCGUUAUUUUAACCAAUUGGACAAUAUUCCCCCUCAGUCUUGACCCUGAUGACGUAGCAAUGAUACUUAAUAUAUCAAACGUUCUCGGCACGCCAUCGGACCCUUCCGAACCAGUAUCGUUUUAUGUCGGUAGUAUACCCGCAAUGCCUGAUGGGAAACCACCGCUUGAUACAUUUCUGUAUUUAAAGAAUUGGUCCAAGGUUAGUUGAAUAAGACGAUUGAGAUCAUGAAGUACAAGGUUAAAAGAUGAACAGUUGAUUUGUAUAGUAUAAUAUAAGGAUAAUAGCCUUAGGAUAUUAUGUUUUCACCUCGGUUUGUUUGUAUGUGUGUUUUUUUACCUCCGUCAGGAGGUUAUGUUUUCAUCUGGGAUAGUUUAUGUUUGUUUGCUUGCUUGCUUGCUUGCUUGCUUGCUUGCUUGCUUGCUUGCUUGCUUGCUUGCUUGCUUGCUUGCUUGUUUGUUUGUUUGUUUGUUUGUUUGUUUGUUUGUUUGUUUGUUUGUUUGUUUGUUUGUUUGUUUGUUUGUUUGUUUGUUUGUUUGUUUGUUUGUUUGUUUGUUUGUUUGUUUGUUUGUUUGUUUGUUUGUUUGUUUGUUAGCAGGAUAACUCAAAACUAUCGAAUAAAACGUUUUAUACGAAAGUUUGCUGGAGGUAUGCAGAGAAGUCUCUCGAACGGUCGUGGUGCCAGGAUAGGUAUAGAUAUAACAGACGGCUGCGUGUGAAGGAGAUACAAUUUUCCAGAUAGAAAACGAAGAUUUGUUAUACCUUAAAUAUGUGCCAUAUGAUAAGACUAAAUUGGCUCUUUUUAAAAUACAGUAGUUGACUAGUUGUCUGGACUAUAUAUGAUAUUUGUGAAAAAUCUUUGUCCAUUAUUUCGAACCCUUUCCAAUGUAAGACAUUGAAGAGAUGAAUUAAUAAAAGUGAUAAAGACAACAUUAUUAAAUAAAGUACCUUUUAUUUAAGUUAAAUAAGUUUCUUUUUCUUUUAUUUUAAGGGUCAAGCAUUUGUAAACAGAUUUAACGUUGGACGAUACUGGCCAGCAAGGGGACCGCAACAAACGUUAUAUGUUCCUGCCAAUUCACUGAAUGGAAAUCCAGAUUUUAACAACACGAUUCUUCUAUUUGAAAUUGACGCAGCACCGUGUUUUAUCUCUGAAUAUUGUUAUGUUGAAUUUAUUAAGAAUCCGAUGCUGGGGAUCACCGAAAAUUAA